GCCCAGUUUGUACAGAUCAAAGACGCCACCCUACCCGGGUCACAUUUCGUUUGCCCCAGUUUCAGCCCAGGACAGUGAACUGCAGAGUCUGUCCAGUGACGCCCUCACAGACGAUACCAUCUCUGUCACAGAUAGCAGCGUAGAUGGAUGCUCCCACCUCCUCAUCAAAAAGCCCCACAGGAAAGCUGUGAUGAAGAGCCUAACCUCUCAGAAUCGAGAAUUUCGGAUAGAUCCGCAGACACAUUUUAUUCCUCGAACAGAGCAUGCUCCAGAAGACAGAAAAGUCGCAGAAGUUGAUCCUGAAAGGUUUGCUGCUCUGGUAAUAGAUAAACUCAGCAGAUUGUCAGAAGAGGCAGAGAGCAUGGCUAGAAAUGAAGAAAAACUACGAAGCAUCUGCGUGGAGAAACUCAUUACAUCUUUCACCAAACCAAAUUCUUCUUCAUUUAUACCUCUACCUUCAGCAACCGAAGAAGAAACUGCAGAAAGCAUUCUUGACCAGCACUGUUUGAGAAUAUGGAAAUCUUCCACGCACCAUACUCCAUCCCACUCACCCCCACAUUCUCCUCCGCACAGCAAGUCACCAGAUCGGCACAAGGAUGCUCGUAGAAAGACCCUGGCUGUUUCUACUUCGUCUGCUGCUUAUGGCCCCAGGGGUUACCACAAGAAGCGAGAUUUCAUUUCCUAUGACUUGGAUGACAGAAAUUUGAUAGUGUGCGGGACGGAGACCCACCGUCACAUCCACCAUCACCACCACCAUCACCACUCAUCCCGAGACUCUUUUAAGAAGUCGAUUGCUGAGAUGGAGGCCCAGACAUGCGGCAUUUCCUCCUGGAGGACAGAUCCAGUGCCAAACGUCGCGACGGAUUUCUGUAGUGCGGAUUAUAGCAGAGGCAGGGCUGGCAAUCGCAAGAUUGAUACUGCGAUUCGAGAGUGCUCGGAGACAAGUAGCAACAUCGACAGCGGAAUUAGCAUGAUGGAGUCGGUCAAGAUGCCUCCAAACUGGAACAACCCCACCAAUGAGAAAGUCAUGAAGUGGAUGCUGGAUAGUGAGACAGUACAUGAUGUUUCUGCUGUAGUGCAGGACACAGACAAGAGCUCUUCAUCCCACAAGCGUUCUCACCGACCCAACCAGUCGAGCAGUUCAGUUCAGGGCUCCAAAUCCAGCUCCAAAUCUAAGACAGCUCCCAGGUCCACCUCUGUGGAGAGGGGCAGUGGUGGUCUGUCUGCAUGGAACGGAGCCACAACCAUCCUGCCUAGCCAACCUUUUGCCCAGGAUCCUUCUAUGCCACUCCUGACUCCGCCCAACCCAACCACACAGCUGGAAGAGGCUAAACGGCGCCUGGGGACACAAGCCAGGACAGCUGGGGUAUCUGCUACACCUGUCAAAUUGAAAGCAUUGGCAAGUGUGCCCCAGAAAGACAAAAUACGGCUUCCAGCUGGUGGUCCACUACCAGCGACCUCUCACACUCGAACCCUGCCCCAUCUCCACACGGUGCCAGCACAUAUAGAGGCACCUGAUGUCAGCUUUCGCACUUCUGCAUGCACAUCUUCACCGCUUCCGCCUGGUUCAAGUGACACUGUAAUCGGGAUUUACAUGGGCCAGGAACCUAUACCCUACAGGCAUCAGUUACCUGGAAGGGCCAUCACCUUGGCACAGAUUAAAAAUUUAGUCACCAAACGAGGACCUUACAAAUAUUAUUUCAAGCGUCACAGCGAUGAGUUUGGAGACAGUGCUGGUGCAGUGUUUGAGGACAUUGCAGAUGACAAUGUCAUUGUGCCGCUGUGGCAAGGAAAGAUUGUUGUUAAAGUGGAGAAACUAGAUCUGUAA